CCCGCCCCCGGGGCCGCCUCCGCCUCCCGCCCGCCCGCACCCACCGUCCCGCCGCGGCCCCGGCGAGCGCAGCGGAGGGCGCGGAGCUGCCGCCACAGGAAAUAAACGGGCUCUGAUGCGGGCAACGCGAUGAAAUUCGGGUGCCUUUCCUUCCGACAGCCCUACGCGGGGUUGCUUCUGAACCACAUCAAAACAGUGGAGACUCGCUGGCGUCCCUUGCUAGCAGGCUACAAGAACUGCACCAUUGCUAUUCAUAUCGCUGUUAAGGACUGGGAAGAUGAAUCAUGGAGAGACAUUCUUUUGAAUAGGUUCGGUAUGACACCAAAACAAGUGCAAGAUUUGUUGGAUGAAGGAGAAAAAUUCGGCAGAGGAGUUAUUGCAGGAUUAAUUGACGUUGGAGAAACAUCACUCUAUCCAGAAAACCUGCCUCCUGAAGAGAUUCUGGAGCUGGAAAACAAAGCUGUCCUCAGUAAUCUGGAACAGAAAUACUUGACUGUUGUUUCAAAUCCAAGAUGGCUCCUGGAACCAAUUCCUGCCAGAGGGAGAACAGGUGUGUGGCAGGUGGACAUCCCUGAAGAACUGAUCCCUUCAGAAGUGUAGGUGUUGCCCCUUACUACUGUUUUUCCUGCC